GCAACACCAGUCGUUAAAGUAAUGUCCUUACAUAUGUACACGUUAACGGUUUUUGUGAAUACUGUCGCUUUUUGUGCUUUAAAAAGUUACGUAAUGUGCGUGUGAAAAAUGGCGAACCGUGAUCAUGAUAAUAAUUAUUAUACGAAUCCGGCGUUUUGUCAGAACAGUGAGUAUUACAAUAACUACCCUUUAACGACCUCUCCAAGCCCUAUAAAAAAUUUGAGUCCCACAAGAAAUUAUAGAAAUGUAAGACAAUCUCCGGUUGGUGCAUUAUCACCAUCGCGUACCACAGAUAACACUUACCACAAUUUACACGACAACCUUCCUCCAAAACCGGGACCCAAGCCUAUCAAAUUUAAUUGCGAUAAUGAAGAUUAUCACGAGCAGAAUUUUUACGAAGAAAUGCUCGUGGACGGCAAUGGUACUGUUAAACGAAAGAAACUAGUUAUACUUCCAUCGCCAGAUACGAUUAAUGGCAACUAUGAUUCACCAGUUCCCAAUCACAAUUUGCAAUGGGUAAACUCCGAUCGCCAAAACGGCAACAGGUACGCGAUUGUACCAACACAAAGCGACGUACAGAACCAUCAAAGGAGUCCAAAAACUCGUUACGAAUACAUUCACCUACAACAACAUUCCAGUACUCAACCGUCGCCUCAUAAAAAGGAAUACUCCCAAGAAUCCUACGAACUUUCCCACAGAAGAAUGCACAGAUACGCGGUGAUACCGGGCGACGAAGAAACCGAACUAUGCACCAGCAUUGAUAAGUAUGAAACUGCCUACAAAUACGCGACAGUACCCAAGCAACCCAAAUCUCCCUACAAACCCAACACCAGGUACGAAUACAUCGAUUGUAUUGACGACCCACCGCCUAGAGAAGAAGUUCACACAAUCAAACGAAUCACUUCGCCAAUUGCGGUUAAGAAAGCGACAAACUUGCAGGCAACCCAAAAACUGCACGAACUGCUGAUAACCCCCCAAAAAACUGCACAAUAUCCUCCAAGAUUGACGUCGCCGCAUUCCCCCCGUAAACCAACCGAUCCAUUCGUCGCGUCAAAAAUAACUCCUAGAAAACACAAAACGCCCAAGGUGCAACAGAAGCUCAAUUUUGUGCUAUCGACGCACCAAAGAGUCCCCGAUAAGCGUCACACGGCGAUCGUCGCUCCGAUCUGUUCGAGCCCAGUACAGUCCGUGUAUAGUGAAACGACGUUCUCCAACAAGUCGGAAUCGUGGAUGAACAUCAGCGGGCAAAAGCAGCCGGUACAUACAACACUAACUGUGGCAGCGGUCAUGAUGAUUCUUUGUGGAGGACUGACGUCUGGUUUAUGCUUUUAUAUGGUUUCGUUUAUGGGCAGGCUGUAUUUUUUGGAUUUUGGAAUCGUAUCUGGAUUCGCGUGCCUGGUACUUGGAGUUUUGGGAUGCAGAUCCAGGAAUCAGUAUUACUGGUUACCGAAUAGGAACUACAUGUCAGGUUACAUCAUUCUCACGCUCUUCAGCCUCCUCACAUGUGUCGGUCUGUUAGUGUUACUGUUCAUGCAACCGAAGCCGGGGAGCCCCUUUGCGGAUAUGACUUCCGGUGCCGUUUGCGGAAUAUCUGUUUUAUCUUUAAUCUUGGCGAGUGCCGGCGUUAUGGCUAGUUACUGCUGCAAAUUGCCACCGCCGGACAACAGAGUUGAGCACUGCGCUAGAGGAUUUACAGUAUAAGUGUGUUAACUGGGUUGCCUACUGCCAAUGCAGGUAAAUCUCGAGGGUGAAAUCGAUAUAUCAUGUAAAAAAUAAUAAUUGUAACUUGGGAUGAAUCUUAAUUUAGUUAGAAUGUAGUAUUAAUACAGCUAUGCUACCAAAAAAUUAAAAUAAAUUUCAAUGCUUAGUUUUUCUAAUUUGGUAAUUUAAUUAUCUUGUAAUUUACAAAUAAGAGCCAAAGAAACAGAAAUGUGUAACAAAUUGAAAGUGUACCUUAUAAUAUUUUUUAUAAAAAACUAAAGUAUUAUAGUAUAGUAAAUAGUAUAAUUUAAGGAUCUUUAUAAUUUAUUUAUUAUAACGUAUUUAAUUAAUCUACAACCAUUACCUACUUAGUUGAUAGUUCUAACUUUAGCCUAACUAUACUUAAGUUUGAAAAUUGUGAUAAAUGUACAUAUAAAGGUGGU